AUGUCACAGUCCGAGCAGUACUGGCUACCAGGCUACGAGCUAUCUCGACAAGUCAUCCUCAGCAAUAUCCAUAUCUUCCUCGGCCCAACGGCAUCCGCAAGGCCAUAUACCUAUCAUGGCCGAGACGGAUAUCUAGUUACUGGAAGCAGACUCACCCAACAACAAAUCGAUGACCUGAAAUCCAUGUCUAAGAAGUUUGAACUGGACCAGACGAUAAAGACCAUGCAUAUGUCAAGUAGCUACGAAGAAUCAGGUGAUCCAGCCACUCAGACAUCUAUCCACAAACCUGUGCCAGUGUCUACAUCCAGAGGCCGUGAACGACACAGGGAGCGAGAACGGGAGAGAGAACAUCGUUCGUAUGAUCGUGGCUCACGAUCGAGACGAUACCGAUGA